AUGAGCGACGGACCUUUACCAGCACCACCUCGCCUCAUCGCGAGCUUAGCAGUGCACUCACAGCGGGUCUUUCGCCUGAGCUGCGUGUUCUUCCUCCUUUGUGCGGUUGGCAGUCUCGUUUUGUUUUGGCCGAUUCUCAUCAAGGAGGAUUUCGAGGCCUAUCUUCAAUGUGACGGGCCUCAACAUGGCAGGCUUCACAUGUUGAGGGAGCUGAGGAAAGUCCAGGCUUGA